AUGUCAGCCCUUAUCUUGCAAUCUAAGGUCGCCAUAGUGACUGGGUGCAGUAGUGGUAUUGGACUGAGUACUACACUUUCCUUGCUCUCGCAUGGUGCACGUGUUCUAGGCAUUGAUGUUGCUCCAUUCGACUAUUCUCUCCCCGAGGAGCAGAAGCCAUUGCUAGUGUUCCACCAGGCGGACCUGACGAAUUCUAGCGCUAUUACCGAGGCAGUCACGACAUGCAAAGCCAAGUUCGGUCCUCGUAUAGACAUCCUGGUCAAUGCUGCAGGUGUUGGUGACGGAUUUUCUAGCGCUGAUACCGUCACGGAUGGGGAAUGGGAUCGCAUCAUUUCCAUCAACCUCACCGCCCCUGUUAGAUUGAUGCGGGCGGUUCUUCCAUCCAUGAUAGAGCAUCAACAGGGGGCUAUUGUCAAUAUUUGCAGUAGAGCUAGUACCAGUGGAGCCACAGCUGGGAUUGCAUAUACGGCUAGCAAACACGGACUGGCGGGGGCCACAAAGAACGUUGCAUGGAGGUUUCGCAACCAAGGUAUCAGAUGCAAUGCUGUUUGUCCCGGUGGCGUUGUGACAAACAUUGCAAAGUCGGUGAACAUGGAGUGUUUUGAUCCAGCAGGAUUUGCUGAGUUCCAACCCAUAUUUGGGUUGCAUGUAGGCACUGAUCAAGCAACAGGCCUACCUGCACCUCACAUUGCUCCAGAGGAUGUCGCGCAAGGCAUUUUAUUCCUUGUCUCUGAACAAGCCAGCAAGAUCAAUGGGGUUUUGCUCCCUGUUGAUACGGCCUGGUCCACCAUCUAG